CUGCAAUAAAUUAAUCAACCACCAAAACAAUAACUGUAACUUUCACACAAUUUUUUUGGUUCGGUCAGUUUUUAGUUUUUCUUUACAAAAUUUUCAGCCCCCAUUUGAGAACCUCAGAACUGGGCAGCUAUAACGAAUAUAAUUUUUUUUUAGUUUCGUAAUUUCAUAUACUUAGUGGAGUUAAAAUUGGUAAAUUAUCCGAGUUUGAACUCGGUUACUAGCUCGUUUUGUCAGCUCGGUCGAGCUCAAACUCAACUCGAUUUGACUCGUUUACUUGAUCUCAUGUAGGCUUAAAAAUGAAAAGGAAAUAUACAUUGCAAGUGUUAAAAAUACUUGCAUUAAUUCCUCUAUUUUUCUCCUUUUUUGUAUUUACAUCCUAAUUUACAUUGCAUCUUGAUCCAAAUCAUCACCGAGUACAAAAAUUAUAUGGAGUCAUGGAUGGUUUAGCAAGAAUUUUGGAUUGAAAAGGUAAAACAGACGAAUCAUCAAUAGCUGCACAUGAUAUUUGGAAGCCCUAAUUAGCAGCAGGCCGCCCCAAAACCCCUAAUUCUCGGUGGAGUUGCCAUGUUGGACGAGAAAACUUUUGACGUACAGUUGAAUUUGUUGGCACUUCGAGUCCCACGGGAGCAUUGCAAGCUUGCAACUCGAAUUCUAAAUGGACCACGCAUCAAACCUGUAACAGAAGAUCCAACUUCUGAUAAGAAUCGUUACAUGUUAUUGUCCGAGAGAAUCCAAAUUCCAGAUUUGUCUGAGAUCCCUGAUGAUAAGGUUGAGGAAUUGAAAAGGCUCUUCGAGAUUCAAGUAGUUCCAUAUUCAUUUUACGCUUGGCUAUUCGUACUGGAGUGUAGGUACAUUCUGCCACCUGGGAUUGAAGUACCGUCGUCAUUUGAAACAAUAGGUCACAUUGCCCACCUGAAUAUAGCGGAUGAACUGCUGCCGUAUAAAGAUGUUAUAGCAAAAACCGUUGUCAAUAAAGUUGGGACUAUAACGAAUGAGUUUCGUGUGCCGAAUUUCGAAAUUCUUGCUGGAGAUUGUAACAUGGUUACAGAGGUAAAGCAGUAUGGGGCAACUUUCAAGCUCGAUUAUGGCUUGGUCUAUUGGAAUUCUAGAUUGGAACAUGAGCACUUGAGGUUGAUCUCUAAAUUUGAGGCUAGGGAUACUGUUUGUGAUAUGUUUGCUGGUAUCGGUCCUUUUGCUAUUCCAGCUGCACAAAAGAGAUGCCAAGUGUACGCGAAUGAUUCAAAUCCAGAUAGCAUUCGUUUUCUCAAGAUAAAUGCGGAAAUCAACAAGGUCUCUAAUCUAGUCCGCGCAUACAAUUUAGACGCACGGAAGUUUAUUUCUUCUAUAAUUCAAGUGCCUUGGAGUGAAUGUUGUCCAGAACCUGACAUAGCAAUUUCGAAGACUUCUGAGGAAGAGCUGCAGACGAAUCUUAUCUUCGAAAAUAAGUUAGUAAAUAAAUGUAUAGCUGGAGGAGCUGUAAAAGAAGUUCAAGAUGAGAAUGGUGCGAAUUUGGAGACUAAUGGACAAAUGAAAUCGAAAGAAGAGUCGAGUGUAGGGUCGAACGCAGCAGCGGCAGUGCGGUGCGGCGGUGCAAAGGGGCGACCAAAUCCUAGAGAGAUCCGAUGGCAGAUUCUGAUUGAAGGCCUCCGGGAAAGCGGCCAAGAUCUGCCUUGUUUGCAGCGAUGCGGCUGUGGAAGAUCUUCUCUGGCUUUGCUGGCUUGUUGGGGAUCUGAGGAUCUUGGAUUUUGGAAGAGAAAUACUGAAUGA